GGCCGCAGUGAUUUGGUAGCCGCUGCAGUAGGAGGAAGGACCGCGGUUCUACCCCUUCUAUAUUUCAGUUUCGUCUCAAAAUUUCUCUCGGUGGCUCUUUCCAGUAGCGAUCAGUAAAUCGUGUGUACAUCAGCGGCGUUCUAUGAUAGCUAAGUCGUAGUAUUACCGACGGACAGUGAUAUCAAUCGCCAUUUUAAUCGCACGUUUUCCCUGACAGAAGCGCUAGCACAACAAUGGCUCUGAAAAGAAUUCACAAGGAAUUAAAUGACUUGGCACGGGACCCACCAGCCCAGUGUUCUGCGGGGCCAGUAGGAGAUGACAUGUUUCACUGGCAAGCCACAAUAAUGGGACCUAAUGACAGUCCUUACCAGAGCGGGGUUUUCUUCUUGACCAUACACUUCCCAACAGACUACCCCUUCAAACCGCCAAAGGUUGCAUUUACCACAAGAAUCUACCACCCAAAUAUCAACAGCAACGGCAGCAUUUGUCUUGACAUCCUGCGAUCACAGUGGUCUCCGGCUCUCACCAUCUCCAAAGUUCUCCUGUCCAUCUGCUCUCUGCUGUGUGACCCAAACCCGGACGACCCCUUAGUACCCGAGAUCGCCCGCAUCUACAAGACGGACAGGGAAAAGUACAACAAAAUAGCUCGGGAAUGGACACAAAAGUAUGCAAUGUAGUGUUGGGUAGAAACAUGGCCAACCACCUCUAUGACGUAAGGUUAGGGGAGCUUCAGACGUAAAGAGAAAACAAACAAAAAACCAUACAAACAAAUGAAAAGUUUAAAACAAGAUCUUGUUGGUUUCCAUUGGAGUGCUUUCUUUGAGCCACGCCUCCCCUUCACCAGAGUACCUGUAAAACUCCCUCUGCCCCACCUCCUCUCUCUCUCUCUCUCUCUCUCUCUCUCUCUCUCUCUCUCUCUCUCUCCCUCUCUCUCCCCCUCCCACCCCUCCUCCCCCUCUCUCCUUCCUCUCUCUGUUUGACUCCCCCCUCUCCUCCCCUCCUGCCUCUCAGCUCACCUGCCCAUCCUCCAGUGUACAUAUUGUCAGAUUGCAAUGGUAAAACUGUCUCUCCCUGCUCCCUUCACCUCCUCCCUCCGCUCACCUCUGACCUCCCGACUUCUUCUGUAUUCCGUUACAUUUUGUCACCGAGCAGGUUGGGCCACCGCCGAUCCUCCAAAACUCCCCCCUUUUUUCUCUCCCACACGCCUGCAUCCUCACCCACCACCACCAUCACUAAAAGCAUUCCUUUAAGCACCUGUAAAGCUUCGAGGGGACCUUUUUUGUUUUUGUUUCUUUAUUUCCCAUUUUUAAGGGGGGAGGGGGACAAUACGAUUGAGGGAUUUUUACACUCUGCACCCUUUCUUGUUUUGUUGUCCUAAUGGCUUCCAUCCGUAGAGGUGACAAUUCAAGAAAGCAGUCAAAGGGCACUCUGUAUUUUAUACAUAGAAGAAAUCAUCACAGGCUAUGGAACAUGGAAAAAAUAAAUAAAUGCACAUGGCCUUUUUUGGUCUUCUGUUGGAUUCUAUGAAAGGACUUGAAUUUAUCCCCGCACUUCCUGCGCCUCACUCCCCCCCAUCUCCCCCAUCCUCACCCCUUUGUACACACAUAGACACACAUGCACGCACAACUGUAACCCCAUGUCACCCCCAACCACGACCACCACCUUUUCUUUAUUCACAAAGUGGAGGUUCUGGACCAGGUAUUUAAGCAAUUUAUUUUUCUUAGUUUAACCUGUGUUUUUAUUUCCCACCCCCAUAAUUCUUUAGGUUGCUUUUUUUUCUUCAGUUUUUCUUUGUUUCGUUUCCUUCUUUUUUUUUUUUUUUUUUUUUUUUUUUGCUAUUGUUAAAUUAGAGGCUAACAUCUUAAAUGGCUAUGGGACUGGCUUGGGCUCUGGGUGCGAGGAGAACCCACUCUUCUUGCACAAAACCUCUGUAUAUUGAAUUACCUGAGAGGCUCGUUGAGCUUUGUGUGUUGAUUAAACUGUGUAAUAAAAACCCUGGACUCCUG